AGUAUUUUUUAUUAUGAAAGAAAGUACAAACAAAUAAAAAGGAUCACCAUAUUUGUUUUCACCUAAAACCAAUGAACUUUUAUUUCCGGAUUUCAUACUAAACUUUGCGUUGUGUGCCGAUAGCGACGAUUUCAUUCGCUCUAGGUUGAAAAUGGCGUUAGCAAGAAAUGUCUCGAAGGUUUUCAUUGUGUCGGCCAAAAGGACAGCUUUUGGAACCUUUGGCGGGAAACUGAAAGAUGUCAGUGCCAACAGGCUCCAAGAAGUGGCUGCCAAGGCUGCUCUUGAUGCUAGCAAAGUCAACCCAGAACUUGUGGGCUCACUUGUAUUUGGAAAUGUUCUGCAGACAUGCACAGAUGCCAUAUACUUUGCACGUCAUGUUGGCUUGAAAUGCGGAGUGCCAGUUGGUGUUCCUGCUCUCGCUGUGAACAGACUGUGUGGCUCAGGGUUCCAGGCAGUAAUCAAUGCAUCUCAGGAGAUGGAGCUUGGAGAGAGCCAAAUAGCCCUGGUUGGAGGCACAGAGAGCAUGAGUCAGGCCCCAUACGCUGUCCGCAACAUCCGCUUUGGCACACGCCUUGGUAUGGAUCUUCAGCUUGAAGACCUUCUGUGGGCAGGCUUGACAGACUCCUACACCAAGAUGCCAAUGGCCAUCACUGCGGAGAACCUUGCAGAGCAGUACAACAUUUCUCGGGAGGAUUGCGAUGUAUUUGCCCUGUCUUCACAGCAACGAUGGGGGACAGCAAAUGCAGCUGGUGUUUUCAAAGCUGAAAUUGCACCUAUUGAGCUCAAAGGAAAGAAAGGUCCAGAGUCGUUUGAAGUAGAUGAACACCCUCGACCACAGACUACCAUGGAGGGACUGAAAAAACUGCCCGCAAUCUUCAAGAAGGGAGGAGUUGUCAAUGCUGGAAAUGCUUCUGGUGUGUGUGAUGGAGCUGCAGCUCUGGUUCUAGCCACAGAGGCAGCAGUGAAACAGCACAACCUCGCGCCUCUUGCUCGCCUUGUCUCCUAUGGCAUUGCAGGUUGUGACCCUAAGAUCAUGGGUAUUGGGCCAGUACCGGCCAGCAAGGCCGCACUGAAGGCUGCAGGCAAGGACCUCAAGGAUAUGGACAUCUGUGAGGUGAAUGAGGCAUUUGCAGCACAAUAUCUGUCAGUAGAGAAAGAGCUAGGCCUGGACAGGGCCAUUACCAACAUGAAUGGUGGGGCCAUCGCUCUGGGUCACCCUCUGGCAGCAUCAGGAGCCAGAAUCACCGGACACCUCGCACAUGAACUUCAUCGUCAGAACAAAAAGUUUGCCUUGGGAUCAGCAUGCAUAGGAGGGGGACAGGGUAUCACAGUUAUUCUAGAGAAGUGUUGAGACUAUUUUCUGAGACUAUUGUAACAGUGCCAUGACAUUCAUUUUGGUGCAGAUGUUUCAUUGUGGUGUAAUAUUAUGGCUAAAUGGACUGUGAUAUAGUUGUACUUGUUUUGUAUAUAACGGUACAUGUUUGUUCGGGGUCUUUGCUCAACAAAAUACCUCUUCUUAAUUAAGGUAGAAAAGAAUAAUGUGGCCAGAUAAUCUAACCAAAUGUUGUGUUCAAAAGUAUUGGUCCAUCAUUGAACAAUAUAGUUUUAUAGUAAUAAACUCAUUAACACACUU